UCUAUUAUCUACUUAUUUUAUUAUCGCAAUAUAUUUUUCGGCCGUGCCUAAUGUUUAUUUCAAUAAUUUAUGUGUAUGUGUGGAGAGGAGUUAGUUUGCAAGAAAUGCCCCCUUCCCCCCACCCCCGCAACGCGCAAGCGCUCGGGACCGUGUGGGAAUGGUCGGUCCGCGAACUGGGGGUUGGACCGCUCCGAGCGAAACAGCGCAAAAGAGUUUUAAAUGUCCGCCAUGUUGUCCAUGGCGCACUGAACCAACGAUAGGGAGCGGAGCGUCGGAAAAAAACAGUCCGAGAGAGAGCGACCAAGAUCCGGGCCUUCCCCCGGCUCCGUUGGCGACGCCCUAAAUACAAGCUACAACCAUUCGAACGUUAGAAUAGAGAUUAACCGCACAGAAACAUCCAUGAAAGCUCCACUCGGUACCGUUUUGAAUAUUAGGAGAUCGGAUAGAUUUAUAUUGCAUCUCGAAUUGUGAAAAAUGAGUAAAUUGUCGUUUCGGGCACGGGCGCUGGACGCUUCCAAGCCACUACCCGUCUUCCGUUGUGAGGAUUUACCCGACCUACACGAAUAUGCAUCCAUUAACCGGGCAGUGCCGCAGAUGCCUACGGGGAUGGAGAAAGAAGAGGAAUCGGAACACCAUCUCCAGCGGGCCAUCUCGGCGCAGCAGGUAUAUGGCGAGAAGCGGGACAACAUGGUCAUCCCGGUCCCCGAGGCGGAGAGCAACAUCACCUACUACGACUCCCUCUACCCUGGGGACUACAAGAUGCCAAAGCAGCUAAUUCACAUACAGCCUUUCAGCUUGGACACAGAGCAGCCCGACUACGACCUGGACUCGGACGACGAGGCGUUCGUCAACAAGCUGAAAAAGAAGAUGGAGAUCAGCUUCCUGCAGUUUGAGGAGAUGAUCGACCGGCUGGAGAAAGGCAGCGGACAGCAGCUGGUGAGUCUUCCUGAGGCCAAACUGCUGCUGAAGGAGGACGACGAGCUCAUCAAGGAGGUCUUCGACUACUGGAGCCGGAAGAGGAAAAACAGCAAGGCCAACUCACUCAUCCCCAACGUCAAGCAGGAGAAGCGGGACGGCUCGAGCACCAGUGAUCCCUACGUGGCCUUCCGACGGCGCACGGAGAAGAUGCAAACCAGGAAGAAUCGUAAGAACGACGAGGCGUCCUACGAGAAGAUGCUGAAGCUACGCAGGGAUCUCAGCCGAGCCGUCACCAUCCUGGAGAUGAUCAAGAGGAGGGAGAAGAGCAAGAGAGAGCUGCUGCACCUCACACUGGAGAUCUUUGAGAAGAGAAACGUCAUGUCAGACUUUGGUGGCGAGGUGAUGGCAGAGGUUCUGGCUGAGCGGGCACUGGUGAGGCCGCAGAUCAUUCCCCUGGUCCCCCUCACCAACCAGUACAGACACCAGGACCACAUGGACCUCAAGGACUACAAGUCCAAGCCCGAGAAGAUGGAAGUUCCCCGGCAGAAGAGGAAGUACGAGAAGAAGCAGAAGGUGCUGCCUCUGUCGUCGGGCACCCCCCACCAUCCGGGUCCCGCUGUCUUCAAUGCCAAGGACCUCAACCAGUACGACUUCCCCAGUUCGGAUGACGAGCCCUUCUCCCAGCUGCACUCAGGCUCAUCAGAAGCAGAGGAGGAGAACGAUCCAGAUGGCGCCUACGCCUUUCGCAGGAAGGCAGGCUGCCAGUACUAUGCUGCUCGUCAGGAUCGUGUGGGUAGCUGGCCGUGGUGUGGUCCUUGGGAGGGCGGUUUGGCAGAAGCUCGCUUUCGCUACAGUCUCACCACGCUCACCGUGCCGCGGCGCUGCCUGGGCAUGGCGCGACGACGCGUGGGACGAGGCGGCAGGGUGUUGCUGGACAGGGCGUACACAGACUUUGACAAUGUUUUCCACGGACUGGAUCCAGAAAUGCUCGACCUGCCUCUUCCCCCCUCUUCCCCUCCUCCCACAGCUACUUCACGCUCGCCGGCCAUCGACAAGUUUGCCAGUACCUCAGAAACAAAUACCUCGGACAGAAGUUCCUCCUCCUUCAACUCCUCUCUUUCCUCUUCCUCCCCAUCUUCCACGGACCUCAGUCAGAUACUGUUGAAUAUAAAGUCGUGCCGAUGGAGGCACUUUAGACCACGGACACUACCACUACAUGAGCUGGAUAACGCCCACCCGCUAUUCAGGAGGUUGAGUCGAGGCCUGAAGCGCCCGGUCUCUGCCUCCACAGCCGGGGGACAGCCCUACGGCUCUCAACGCCCGGGGAGGGUUGUCCCUGCGCCCUCGCCCAUUGCUGCUUUCACAGCCGAACAGUACCAGCAGCAUCAGGAGCAGCUGGCCCUGAUGCAGAAACAGCAGCUGGAGCAGAUCCAGCUGCAACAGCAAGCCAACAGCACCGCCACUGCCAACAGCACACAGGGUCUGGCGAACACGUUGGACCAGGCCAGCGCUCAGUUCGCCGCCUCAGCCCUCGUCACCGCCGACCAACUGCUGGCUCUAAAAACCAAGGAGGAGCUAGCCCUGGGAGGCGGAGUCAAUGGCGUCCUCUCCCCCUCAGGUGUCUAUAAGGGCUUGCACCUCUCGAGCACAGCGUCCCCAUCCCCCGCCGCCCCGGCUCCUCCCACCACUACCCCGACACCGGCCCUACUCCACCCCUGCACCGCCGCCACCACCACCACCAGCUCCACCUCCGCCACCAGUAACAACAACGGCACCGCCCACCCUGCCAACUCCACCACCACUAACACCGCCACCACUCAGGUCCUGCUGGGAAACAACAACAACAACAGCCUCCGUCUGGGUGUUCCCACCGGCAAGCGUGUCCACGCACCCCGGACACUGAGCGCCACCAUGCCAACAUCCGCCUUAAAGUUCCCCCACGCAACCGCCAACUGUCAGAAACCCAAGGUCGCUACGGCCUCAGCCUCGCCGCUGGACAUAGUGCCCAGGGAGAAUCACGAACAAGACAAGCCAGCACUAAACAGUCUAUCAGAGAACACAGUGGCCAUGGAGGUUACGUAGCCUUGCGUACGCAGCGCGGGGGAAGCGUGACUCCUUUAUUAUUAUUUUUGUUGUUGUUGUUGUUUUUGUUUUGUUUUUGUUUUUUUUUUUUGUUUUUUUUAGGUGCUAUGCAUCAUUUUUUAGUCGUGAAUGCAAGUGGUGGCGGCGGAAUGAGCACGGCAAGGCUGGGUUUCCAUGGCAACCGUUUUGGGACUUAAUUGCAAUGCUCGUCUCGUACAAUUUUUUUCUCUCUCUCUCUUUCUCUCUAUCUUUCUCCCUCACACACCUCCCCACCCCCCCAUUUGUUACUGUUAAUAAGAGAUCGUCUGUAAAUUCUUAAUAUGGCAAUUAUAUGUACAGUACUGCAUAUUUGUAAUACCCCCGCCCCACAUGCCCACUCCUGCCCCUCCCCCCUCCCUCCUUCCCUGCCUCUCUCUCCCAAACCUCCCCUCCCUCCCCCGUUCUUGUAUAUAACAUUACUUGAAUACAGAAUUGUUCAUUUGUGAUGUUUUGCACUCAAGAUAUUAAAAAAAACAAGAUAAAAAAAUUAAAAUUAAAAAGAGAAAACGACAAACUGCAACUGGUGCGAGAGUAUGAGGAGUGAAAGUUGUACCACAGAAAAAUGUAUGUCAUCACAUGCAUGGUGCGGAACCUGCUGUUUGAUCUAUUUAUUGUGCCGUGUUUACAAAGGUUUUUUUUUUCUUUUCCGUUCAUGUUUAUUCUUUUUAAAAAAAAACCCCCCCCCUUUUUUUUUUUUUUUCUUUUUUUUUUUUUUAAUACACUGUACCCCUCACUGGUUCCCCCGUGCUGUAGUCAGUGUUUAGCUAGAUUUAAACAACCCCUGUAUUUUUUUUAUUUUAUUUUAUUUUUUGGAUGUUGUGAACAUGGCUGGGGGAGUUCGCCCCGUUUUUUCUGUUUCGUGGGCGCCCUCCCUCGAUGUUCCCAUGUGUCAUGUUAAAUCUAUGGAGACAUGCUUUCAUACAGAUUCAGGCGCAGGGCAGUAGAAGAAGAAGAGGAGGAGGAGGAGGAGGACAGGUGUGAAGUUGUUUGUUGUAGGCAUCAGUUUGUCAGUGGGUUAAUCAGUUUCCACAAAGCUCUUCCAUACGUAUAUUAUUCCUGAGACAAGUAACAAAACAAUGGGGAUGAAGACUCUUUCCCAGAAGACUUUGCUGCUUCUGACUUAUCUAAGCACUAUAUAAUUUGUUUUUUUAAUUGAUUGAUGCUGCUUUUGUAUGAUUUUGGCCUCUGGUUUACACCAGGUGGCUUUAUUUUCUUUUUGUUUCUCUAAAAGAUAAUCCCCCACAUCUGCCCUCAUCAUUUUUUAAAUAAAUAUUUUUGUAUCUCCCACUUUUUUUUUUUUUUUAAUUUUCCUCACAAAAGACUUCAUUCUUUUGUUACUUGUUGAUCAAAAAAAAAACUAUAAGGGAGUAAAAAAAAUGCAGUAACUGACAUUUAUUAUCAUUCCAGCUUCUACAUAAUAAGGAAGAAAACAUGUAUGAAUUGAAAAAAAAAAAGAUAAUAAAGAUCGUUUUCUCUACUUUUAAAACUCUCCAGAAGGCUGAAAGGCCAUGAACCACAAGUUAUCGGGUGCCUUCAUUUGGGAAAAAAAGUAAAAACCUAAAAAAAAAUCGCUCUCUUCUGUGAAGAGUUUGGUACUGAACAAGGCUACUUGUAGUUUUUCUUUGUCUGUACCACAAUCCCAAUGCCCAUUCCAGUGGCCCAGUUGAUUCAUGAGUUGUUUUUUUUGUUUGUUUGUUUUUUUGUAGUCUCUUCCACCACACACACACACAAACACACACACACUCAUGGGAAAGACUAAAAAUCCUCUUGAAUUGUCACAAAAUGAAAUAAAAAUCCAGGGCAUUA